AUGAACACCUCUGCGCCCCCAAUCCCCAGUAAUGGCGCCGACACGCAAAGGACUACGUCGAGCCGUGUGCCGCGAAGGACAGGCAAGCCCGAGCACAUGAAUGGGCCUCUCUACCGGCAAGCCAACAGCAAUGUCGUCCUUGUUCGCCGCCCCAAGAGAAAGAACGAAGGCGCCUGGAAACAGCUGACGCGGUGGUUCGUCGACAACCAGAUUGGAGCCUCGUUCAACCUCCUCGCUCUGCUGUUUCUCGCUCACGGCAUGCCUCGCGCUAGGGACUACACGUCCAAGUACUUCACUCUUUCCUACUACAACCCGCAAUCAGGGAAAUACGGAUUGGGCUCCGCCGAUGGCUACCUGAUCCUAUUCUACAUCGUUCUCUUUACUGGUUUGCGCGCCGCAGCCAUGGAGUACCUGCUAGCGCCCUUGGCGAAGUCCCAAGGCAUUGCGAAGAGGAAGGACAUCACUCGGUUCAGUGAACAAGCCUGGAUGGCCAUCUACUACACCAUCUUCUGGCCGCUUGGGCUAUCUCCGUCCUACACGCAAUCUUCGUCGUACCUCAACCUCCACGAACUAUGGACGGCUUGGCCUGACCGCGAAGUUUCGGGUCUGAUGAAGGCCUACAUGCUAGCGGAACUUGCCUUCUACCUCCAAGGAAUUAUCGUGAUUCACAUUGAGGAGCGAAGGAAGGACCAUUGGCAAAUGUUCAUUCACCACAUCGUCACGUGCACCCUCAUUUAUGCCUCAUAUAGGUAUGGCCACACGCGAGUUGGUAACCUCAUCUUGGUGUUAAUGGAUGUGUCGGACCUAAUCCUUCCGAUUGCCAAAUGUCUCAAGUAUCUGCGGUACAACACUUUGUGCGACUUGAUGUUUGGCCUCUUCAUGAUUUCAUGGUUCGUGGCAAGACACGUCCUGUAUCUUAUGGUGUGUUACUCCGUUUGGGCACAUACACCUGAAAUCAUGCCACACGGGUGCUUCAAAGGCGCUAAAACCAACGUGACUGGACCGUUCGAGCCUCCGACCGACCAGGGCCCGCUCUACCUCCUGGAGCCUCUCUGGGACCCCGAGGGCUUGGUCUGCUACAACGAGUCCGUCAAGUGGACGUUCCUCUCUAUGCUUCUCUUUCUAGAAGCGCUCACCAUCAUCUGGUUCUCGAUGAUCAUUCGUGUCGCCAUUCGAGUGGUGAGUGGAGCCGGUGCAGACGACACGCGAAGCGACGAUGAGGGGGAUGCGGUAGAAGACGAGGAUGAGUAUACCUACGAGGUGGCUCAGCCACUUGAAGAGGAGGUUGGUGUCGACAAGAUCGACCUGAAGAACUGGGAGCGGCGGACGGGCGUGAAGAGAACCGAGCCUACGACAACAGGUGUCAGCUUUCCCGGUCACAGUGAUCGUAAAGAGCUCCUCGGGCGCAUCGGUUGCGAAAAGCACGUCGACUGA